AGUGGCUUCACAUCGGUGCAUCUUGCCUGCACAAGCGAGCUGCUGCACUAAUGCCACUUUGACUGUCGGGUAGAAGUCUGCUGUUGAUCUCGCCCCAGUGCCGGUUGCAGAUCGAGGACACGAUCCCACUGAAAGAGGAGAGUCAAGAAAUGAAUGAAGCAGAAGAGAAAGAUGUCAUGACUGCAGAACAAUCCACUGAAACAACUUCCUCGGGAAAUGGAGCUCCUUACAUAUGUGGUCAGUGUGGAAAGAGUUUCGAAACUGAAGUAAAAAUUUGUCAGCACAUGACAAUUCACUCAAAAAAGGUCAUAUGUCAAUAUUGCAAAAAGACUUUCCCAGACCAGCAACAGCUUAAGGAUCAUGUCAAAAUUCACAUGGGAAGAAAGCCUUUCAUAUGCCAUCUCUGUGGAAAGAGUUGCACAAAAGAAGGACGCCUCAAGGAGCACUUGAGAAUUCACACCGGAGAUAAGCCUUUCGCCUGCCCUCAGUGUGGAAAGAGAUUUGCUCAAAAACCAAACAUUAAAGCCCACAUGAGAACUCACACCGGAGAGAAGCCUUUCACUUGCACUCGGUGUGGAAAGAGUUUUACAUGUAAAGACACCGUUAUCGAACACAUGAAAAUUCACACCGGAGAGAAGCCUUUCACCUGCCCUCAGUGCGGAAAGAGUUUUUCUAAAAAACAAAACAUGAGAGUCCACAUGAGACUUCACACUGGAGAGAAACCUUACAAAUGUCUUUGGUGUGAGGAGAGUUUCUUCUAUCGAAGACACCUGAAAGAUCAUUUGCAAACUCAUUCUCAAAAGGAAUUGCAGAGUUCCUCAGUGUAGUAAGAGGGUUACAAGUAGGGUUGGGUACCGAACACGGUGCUUUUAAGGGUACCGACCGAAUUGCGUCUGUACUACCGAGU